AUGUCUCUCGCAACUGGAGAUAUGGAAGCGUAUUGCCACUACAAAUACUCAUUCUGUGACGAGCCCGGGGUCAUCCAAAUUGAUGAGGGUAAAUACUUCACACCAAAACCAGAAAGCAAGUCAGUGGCGCCGGAGCCAUCGGGCGAAGUUAUCAACGUACUUCACUUGUCAGAUUGGCACCUUGAUCCCCGUGAUUUCGCGACGCCGUACAGCCUUUCCAACUCAACAAAUGAUGACAACUUCUCGUGGAACUAUCAACUACUGGCUUCACUUUGGGGUGAGAUGGGCUGGAUCGACAACACGACCGCAAGGAGUGCCAGCACGCAUUACGGUGCAUAUGCCUACGUCACACCACAAGGCUUGAAAAUCAUCUCCAUCAACACCGACUUCUGGUACACCGCCAACCCCUUCAACUACUACAACUUCACCAACCCCGACCAAUCCGGCAUCCUCCGCUUCCUCAUCCGCGAGCUCGAGGCCUCCGAAGCCGCCGACCAGCGCGCCUGGAUCAUCGGCCACGUGCCGAGCGGCUACGGCGGCACGGGCGUCAACGGCAAGGCGCUGCACAACCCGUCGGCGCUCUUCUACUCGAUCGUGCGGCGCUUCUCGCCGGCGACGAUCGCGGGCAUCUUCUGGGGCCACCUGCACCAGGACCAGCUGAUGGUGUACUACGACUACAAUCUGUCCUCGGGCGGCGGUAGUGGUGGCUCGCUGCGUAAUACCACAGACGUCGACUACGCGCGGCCGCUGGCGUGGGCGCACAUGGCGCCGUCGGUCACGCCGUUGACUGGGCUGAAUGCGGGGUGGACGCUGUACCAGGUCGAUGCGCGCACGUUCGAGGUGACCAACUGGCAGACGUUCAUUGCGAAUGUGUCCGAGGCGAAUGCGUGGACGGAGCCGGUGUGGCAGUUCGAGUAUGAUGCGCGGGCGGAGUACGAUGGCGAGGGGCGGUGGCCGAGGGGCGCGCCGCUGAAUGCUACGUUUUGGCAUGGCGUGACGGAGCGGAUGGUGGAAGACGGCUCGUUGGUUGAGAAGUACAAUUUGUUCGAGACGAAGAGUAGUGUGGUGACUAAGAAUUGUUCGUCGAAGGCUUGUGCGGAGCAAAAGGUCUGCUAUAUUCGGAGUGGGAGCACUAUGCUGGGCGAUUUGUGUUCGCAUGGAAAUGGCCCGUUUUGA